ACGUAGGAAUGGUAUCCGUCCACUAUCCAGUGAUAUUAUGAUUAGUCCAUUAUCUAGAGAUCGGCGGUGUCACCAUUGUCACCCCGUUGGUCCAGAGGUCAAGGGUCAGACCACGGAGUGGUCAGAUCCAUGUCGAAUUGGCAUGGAAUGCACUAUUCUACGCAUUUAAAUCGUCGAAUGAUAAAACCAAAUUCUAUUUCAUUGCUCCGUUCAAUGCGAAAACCUACAAUCAUGAUCAUUAUUAUUCUAGUAUUUCUAGCUUUGACUCAAGUCAAGUCUUUCUAUGCAUAUAUUGCAAUUGUCAUGCAAGAAUCAAAAUUGUUAAUGCUAAAACACCUAUUCUAUGACAAUUGUAGCACAUGAAUUGUUGAACAAACGUAUUUUCAAGCUUGUUCAGCUGUGAAAACUUCACCAUCACAUUACAUGUUGCAUGAAUGAUGACUUAUUAUCACUAGUCAGCCGCUUGCAAUACCAAGUGUCCAAACUAAACUCCAAGUCCAAGUCUACACAUGCAAAGAGAGCAAAGCCUGCCUUUGGGUAAGGCUAGGUGAUCAACGUAGACUAAUAAUAUCAAUGAUUAACAUCAUGCCAGCACAUGAGUGUGUAAACACAAGUGCUUAUCAGUCUUGAUGCACAGUUCGAAUGUUGAACAAUUUCGACAGCGGGAUCUGAAGAACAAGAGAGAAAAGAAAUACAACGCUGUUCUCCUUUGUGCCAGGCUUUCCGAUGCAUAUGUGUUUUUGGUUCGGAACGGACUUAGGGUCGUUUCUUUUUCCAAGUUACAUCGUAAGUUCAACUUGGGCUUUGGUCAUGACUUGCAUAGGAUUGACAAGCCUGGCCAUUCUCUUUGAGGGCAUGAAAGUACUGCAAGUUAAACUGAGACUCGGCACCGUUGCUUCGAUGUCAGACAAUCAGCCUCAUUUCAAUGAAAACUCCUCCCUGUUGUCAAGAUUUUCUUCCGCAUCCUUCACCCAUGCUGCCUCCACAAAUUGUGGCAGCUGGCCGAGAUGGUUUUUAGAAGUAUUUCAUUGGUCUGCACACACAACUCUGGGGUAUCUGCUUAUGCUGGCUGUGAUGUCUUAUAACGGUUAUCUCAGUAUCGCAUUAAUCCUUGGAGGAGGUUUCGGGUAUUGGAUGUUUGGACCGUCACUUCACCAACUCAAUAUGCAUCACUUUGACGACCAGCACAAGAAUAUGCAAUGUGAUUUGGAGUGUUCAGAUGCAAUAACAAAUACCGAAAGACGUCAAUCAAGUGUGUCUGUAAUCGGAGAGCAGCUGGCAUCAGAAGCUAGCGCACAAAUGCACACGUGAUGGAGAUUUAGUAAAUGAGAAUCAAGACAAAAUAGGCAGUACGAGAUGAUCGAUACUAGCUUUAUGUAAUAAUUUAAUUCUAAGUAAGACUUGAGGAAUGACGUCUGUUCAAGUGACGAUUUUUCACAGUUGAGACAAUUUUUUAAAACAUUUUGGUAUUUCAGCUUUAAUUCUUAGAUCAAUGAGCUAUUGUACUGAUUGUGAGUUGAAAAAAGUGCUGGGUGAGCAAUUUUACAUCUACCUACUUUCGAAAUAUUUUUGAAAUUUCACUCAUAGAAAUAUAUUAUAUUGAUAAAAAGUCUAUUCAUUUGAAAACGAUUAGUUGUUACUUGAUAAACUAAAAUUGAAUGAAUUUGGUGACUAACAUCAGAUUAUAGGCACGGUAGAAAAGUAAUUUCGAGUGUCAACUACUCAGCAUUAAGAAACUCAUCUUUUUCUGCAGUUAAUGCAUAGACGGCUUUUCGUAAUAACAAAUACAUUGGCAACGGUAGAAGUUAGGUAAUCCUUUUUUAAGAACGAAGUUCUCUGCAAUUGUAAAUACGACAUUUUCAAUUUUAAUCUCAGAAUACAUAUUCCGCUAUGGUGCCUAUCACGCAACAAUCACGUAAACUUGAUUCAAUGGCUGUGAUAAUAAAUCAAACCGUAAGCUAUUACUGCUUGCAAUUAAAAAACAUGAUGCUGCAGAAUAUUAGAAAAGUAUAAUAUCGAGACCAGAAAAUAUGAUACAGUAACUUAGAUUUGGUAGUAUUGCCUCAGCCAAAUAAAUUGACAUAAGUUACACACUAAAGAUAUCCUUGGAUUGUAAAACUUUUCAAGUAUAAAUUCGACAUCCAGCAUUGAUAUAAAUAUGAUAUGUGAAGCGAAAAAAACAUUAAAAUAAUUGAUAUUAUGUUGUUCUGGCAUCAGGGUACUGAAUUAAUCCUAAUGUGUUUGUUUACACUUUUUUCUACAUACUGAAUCUAUGCUCAAGGCUGCAAUAAUAUCAACUAAAUUUUUGAAAAUAUGUAGUAUUAGAAUCAAAGAUUUAUGAUAAUUCACCUGAGUGUCAUAUAGUGCUUGGUUGGUAUGUAUCGAUGUACAAGUCAGUAACCUGCCAGUCACAACAGCAAAUAUGACCAAGACGGGAGACUGCGACGAAUACCGAUGCUCUGCUUGCAAAAAAGCAAUUAAAAGCCAGGUAGUACAAUGCAAGAGUGAUCCGAAACUUUUUUACCACCCAGGGUAUGUGAAUGAGCAUAAGAUACUGGAUAGGAAUCGUGAGCUAGUACAGUGCAAGGGUCCAUUCGAUACGUUUAAUGCAGAAGAUGAACGUCCGAAGGCAGUAACGCAGUUAGUAGGUGAUAGCAGAGAUCGUUUAGCAUCGACUGGACCGACGGGAGGAAUAAGAAGUAACAGUCCAUCGGUAGUGGUUGACACAAAAAUAGACUAGCUGAUAAAAACAGUGAAAGCAAUGAAGGCCGAAAUCGCUUGCAAGAAUGAAGUUAGGAAUAUGAUCCAAAAGAUAAUUGGUGUGGAAAUGGGAGGGGUGCAGCAACAGAUAUAAUCCAGCCGAGUAAGCAUUGACUCCUAUUCUUUUCGAGAACAGUUUCGCCGAUUUUUUCGUAGGUAGAUUUGACCUGAACCAAUGAGCCCUUGAUUUUUCCGCCAUAUCAAUUUAACAGCUGAUUGUUUACAAAAAUGUUGAAAAAAAAAAUUGAAUUUUUAUUUUUAAUUUUUUUUCCAUCAGCGUGAGAAAAAAUGUUUGAUAUAAAAGUAGUAGAUCUCAACCUCGUGCAUAAGAAAAAAUUUUUUUGAUUUAAAAAAUAAUUUUUAGUUUAGCCGCAAAAUGUAAAAAACCAGCCAUUUUUUUUUUUUAAUUUCAAUCCAGUUUCCUUAAUUAUAAAUUUAAACCUUCGAAACUCACAUGUCGCGUGUGAAAUUAGUGCUUCAAAAACCAGUUCCAAAAAUUAUUCGAUUAUCUCGUACAUUAUGGCAACAAAUAGCGAUUUUCGAAAAAACUUUGGGUACCAAUAGAAUCCAACAUAAUGGGGUUACAGCGUCAAAAAAAAUUUCUCGUAGUACUUACAGAUAUGGAGAUUACUAAUGCGAUUGAAAAAAGAAAAUUUUUCUUACUUAACAAAUAGGAUUAUUGCUGAAAUUAUUGAAUUACGAAAAACAUUUUUUAAUAUUGUUAUUUCUGUUUUUGAGACGAAAAAUUAAAAAAAAAAAAAAAACCUCUUCAUCUUUAUUAGAACCGGAGUUACACUUGUUUUACUUAUUUCCAAUUUAUUAUCAAUG